UUACUGAAAUCCUCUUACAGCGCGCCGCCGCUGAUUGGACGCUGGGUCAGCCGGACACGAGCCGCGCCAGUCAGCGGUAACCUGCUGCUGCUGCUGGCCCUCAUCCUGCCCUCUCCCAAACCGGUCAGACCCGCCGGAGCCCCGCGGACACGGGCAGCGGGCUGUAAACACGAGGCAGCAGCAGCAGCCAUGGUUUUAAGUGUCCUGAUAGAGGAGGUGAAGCUACAGGCUGCGGAGCUGAUGGAAGGAGCGGAGUGAACAGCAGCAGCAGUAUCAGCAUCAGCAGUAACAUUAGCAGGGCUGUGAUAGUGUGAGGAAGUGAUCUAAGGGUGAUUUCAGGAUGAAAGUGACUGAGGACAACAAGCUGGACUGGUCCUCUCAGCGCUGUCAGAGCGACACCAUGUCUAAGAGCCUGUCCAAAUCGCGACUUAUGCUGAUUUUGGGGACGAUGGUGCUGACUGCCACACUGUACCCCGUGCUGAGGAUGCUGGGCAUCCAGAUUUACGCUGCCCUAAGUGGAACUUACGUGGCUGGACACCACUCCAUGUUGCUUAUCAACUGUCCCACUGAACAGACAGCUAAAGAUAUUGGAAGACAUAUCAUGGAGAAAAGGAUGGCAGCAUGUGUGAAUAUUCUUCCCCGCACUUCCACCAUGUACUACUGGAAAGGACAGAUUCAAGAUGCUUCAGAAAUUCUUCUGUUGGUGAGGACCAGAACAUCGCUAAUUCAGAAACUCACUGAAUAUGUAAUAGCUUUGCAUCCAUACGAAAUUCCAGAAAUCAUCAGUUUUCCAAUUGAAGAUGGAAGUAUGUCGUAUUUGAAAUGGAUGGAUGAUGCAAUUCCUGAUGUAUGACCAGUCCAUGUCCUGUGAAGCUGAUGCUCUCCAGUUAGUAUUUGUUUAUGGACCAUACAGGUAUUCUGGACCAACCACAAAGCAUGAACCAAAAAGAAACCGACAUUACCCGACAUUAUAGGUCUGGUGGGAUUAAGCAGCGUACUAAACCAGAUUGCAACUGAAAUCUAAAGGCUAGUCCUGCAUGCUUGCUUAGGCAAACUAACUCUGGGAUUAGAAGGUUUGAUGUUGUAUCUCCUUAAAUAUUAUUUUUAUAUAAAAUGGGACAAAUACAACCAAACCAAAACAACCUCAAGUCAAUUUUUUGAUAUAUUUUUACAACUAGUAGAAAUGUUUGAAUUUCGUUCAAGGGAUUAUCUUGAAAAUAGGAUCUGCUUUUGGUUUGCUGCUGACUCUGUAACCAGCUUGAUUUAUGCCAUGCCAAACAAGGACUUAGCACAUGGGCUACAGACUACAACACUGUGUUAUGGUGAGAAAACAAACAAGAACAUAUAAAAGGUUGGAGUAAUGAGUGUGUAAAACACUGGAAAUGUACACACUGGCACUAGAUAACAGGCACAGUUGAAUGCAUGACACUGCACUGGGACCAUGGUCAUGCCAACCUUGACUGCUUAUCUUUCUUUAACUGCUGAAUGGUUGAAUGCUAAUAUUGGCUGCACGUAAAUUAUACAUGGUUACUGUUUCAGAUGAUUGUUUAGACAGGCAGGUGGUAAAAAUUUUGCUGCAGGUCUUAAAUGAGUCUUCAUUCAUGGUGACAUAAUAGGUAGUGAGAAAGGCUCCCUCUACACCUGGUAUUAACAUGUGUCCUGUGAGGUCUGAUCAUAAAUGGACAGCAAAAAGUUCAGCUACAAACAGGGUACAGUGAGACUUGAGGAUGCAUUUUAAUUACUCUAAUUACUCAAACCACUCAAAUCUGAAGGUGGUCAGAGAGGCGUAUAUGAGCAGAGAAGUGUCUCACAUUACUGUCUUUGCAAAAAACGUGUGUAAUAACUGCAAGACUACACCAUCCACGUCCAUGUGGGUUAGCUGAGCACACUACAAUAACAAGCCAAUGGAUACAGGCGAUACUGGUGGCUGGAGUGCAGGUGAAACAUGAGGGCACUAUAAACUACCAUAAUACAUAAUGAUUUAUAGACCGUUUCAGAGGAAUAUUCAUGAGCGUAGGAAGUGACGUAGCUGUUCCUAGGACACUUCCGUUUAGCGGUAAACAGCGUUCAAAACAGUGGGCGUAACUUUUUAAUUUAACAUGAAUGCAAACUUUACCUAAUCUGAGAGUCACAAACAUUGAAAAUCAGGUCAAAUUGUUCUUUAAACAAGUGAACUAUGGAGAACAAAAAAUUACGUAAGUAUAAAUAAAUACACAUAUAAAUGUAAAAAUAUAUAAAUAAAUAAAUGAAUAAAUAAAUUGAUGUUAAAAUAAAUAAAUAUAUAAAUAAAUGCACAUAUAAAUGAAUAAAUAAAUAAAUAUAUAAAUAAAUAAAUACAUGCACAAAUAAUUGUAUAGGUAAACUAAUUAAUUAAUAAAUACACUUCUUAUUUAUAUAUUUAUUUAUAUGCAUUUAUUUAUGGCAACAUUUAUUUAUUUAUUCAUUUAUUUAUUUCAACAUUUAUUUAUGUCAUUUUUGGUCCUCCAUAGUGCUUUUGUUUUUCACACUGCUAACCUGCCGUGCAGUUACAGUGUCCGCUCACAACUUCUCCCUCCUUCUUAUCUAUAAAUCCUGCAGAGUACGUGUUGGAUAGCGUUUGACUUGCUCCAACCUCACCAUACACUAUAGUGAUGCUUCUCUGCUACAGGAACAAAUAUUCCCAACUUUUCCACUGAGAAAGUAAUUAUAUGCGCCGAAACUGUGGAGCGCUUUCACUGCCUCCGUUUCAACAAUCUAGUGAUUCACAUCUGGGUAGAUCACAUUUGACAAGUGUUUUAAAUCAGAGGAAAAAAAAAUCCCUCUUAAAUCCUUAUCAAAAGGAUCAGGAAAAGAGGUUUGAUCACUUUUUACUAAUUUCUGACCAUAUGUUUGCUCUGUUUUCGGGAAAUAUGCACUCUCAUUUUGACAGCUGUAUACUUGAAAAUAGCGCCACCGGAAGCGUCGAAGGAACAGACAUGCACAGUAGCUUUGUUAUUGUUUUCCUCAUUGAAACAGUCUAUAGUAAAUAUCACUGCAUACUACACAAGCUAAGUUUAUACCAAAAUAUCUAUGACAUGUGAUCCUAGAUCCCAGAAACUACAAAAAAAAAAAUCCAAGCAGUGAAAAAAGUAAUGACAGUAUAUUGCCAAAAGUCACUCACACAUCUAAAUCAUUAAAUACGGGUAUUUAAAUCACUUUUGUCACAAGUGAAUAAACCCAAGCAGCUAGGCAUACAGGAAACGAAUGCCUCUCACACAAAAAUCAGAGGUCGCCAACUUUCUGCAGAGUCAGUUGCUACAGACCGCCAAACUUUAUGUGGUCUUCAGAUUAGCUCAAGAACCUUUAAGCAUAGAGAAUAGUUUCAUGGAAUAGUUUUCCAUGGCUGAGCAGCUCCAUCAAAGCCUCAAAUCACCAAACGCAAUGCAGCUGAGCAGAUAUUUUUGGCAAUGUUGUGUACAUAAUAACUAAUACAUAAUAACUAACAGUGUCACUGAUAUUUCCAAUGUCCAGGAGCAGGACUAGCUCUAUUUCUGCCAGGUUAGCUAUUUAUAAGAGCGAUGAGAUAAGUUUCCCCAACAGCUUUGGGCACAGCCUUAGCACUUAGUCAAAGCACCACAUUUCCUCCAAUUAAGACACAAUUCAAACACAACAGCAUUGAGAGCCACUGGACGCCAUUAUUUUCCCAUAUUUCCGCAUGUAGAUAAUUUUAAACAACUUUAACGCUUAGAGAUUACUUAAUUAUAAGCACAGUGCUAAUGAUGAGGUUGUGUCCAAAUUCACUUGUGUUUUCGACCCCCACUCACUAAACUAAAUAGUCUCACCCCAUAUUGCACAAAACUGAUGAGGGAGUCAGGAGCCAUUUUAGUCAUUAGUAAUUUAUAUAGAAAACACAUGAAUAUAGAGGAAUAGUGAGAGGUAAUGAGAAAAGUUUUUAGUUCAGUUCAGGUCUUCUCUUCUCUUUGUGAAUAUGAUGCGAGACAUCCGAUCACAAACGCUCACAGAAGAAGCCUUUAAACUGCCACUUGAUCAACUUGAACAACUUCGCAUUUUGGCAAUCAUUUGUGAUCGAAUCACCCGUGGCACAUGUUAAUGCCAGGUAUGAACACAGCCAGAAACAAGUUUUGUACAGUCUUGCCAAUGUUUAAACAGCUGUUAAGUUUUACAUUGAACAUGAUGCCUGGAUCACAAAAGCAAUCUAACAGCUAGAAUAAGGCAUCUUACUUAUUUAAAUAUCUUAAAUAGAUUUGCAUUUUGCAGUGGUUAUUGACUGUACAGUACCCUGUACAGUAACUGUAACUUAAACAAUUAAACACUUAUUAUUCAAAUCAUAUGCUGAAAAAUAAACUGUUAUUUAUUUCUGACUGACACUGUUUUGUCCUAGAACUACUAAAAAUGCCUCAGAAGUAUCUAUAAGAAUUCACAUUUUCUAGCUAUGUAUGAUCCUUCACUUUCCUCUUUUUCUUUCGGCUUUUCCCUUUUCAGGGGUUGCCACAGCGAGUCAUCUUACAAUCUUUUACACUUUUUUCUUUUAGUUUUUGUCAACUGUGCUAUAAUAAUGAUAAGUGGCAACACUGGGCAAUACAAUCCAAUGAACAGACAAGAUUAAUAAACUCAUAAAUAAAAAACA